AUGGAUAACUUUCGUUUUGGAACAACAAUAACCGUCCUCAAUAUCGUUCUCGGACUACUCACCAUCACUGGCUAUAAUCAUGCAGCAAGUGUGAAAAGCAAAGAUGAACUCUUCAACAUUAACAUAACUAUGCCAAAUUACAAUACAACACAAGAAGAUCAAUAUACUUUUCUGCAAUAUGAAUUGCCCGAUGAAGAAUUAACAAUCGUUGGCUAUUCACCAUUGAUUAGUAUGAAUGCAGCACAUCAUAUGUUAACAUUCGCUUGUACUAAACCAGGUUCUAACAAACGAGUUUGGGCAUCGGGACAAGCUUGUACCGGUAAUGAACAGCUGAUUGUCCAUGGAUGGGCUCGAAAUGCACCUUCGAUGAAUUUACCUGAUGAUGUUGGAUUUCCGGUUGGUCGCAAUACGCCAUACAAAUACAUUGUUGUCAAUAUACAUUAUCUAUCGAAUAUUGUUAAUGACAAAUCAGGAAAUCAACUCAUAAUGAGUCGAAAACCGCGAAAAUAUCAAGCCGGCGUGAUGUUAGCUGGAACUAGUCAGAUCUAUCUAAAAGCCAAAGCACAUUCUGUACGAACACCAUUCUCAUGUCGUUAUAAUGGUCCAACAAUAUCAAUAUUUGCUGCACGUGUUCACGCACAUCAAUGGGCUCGAGUUAAUUCAUUGUAUCGUGUACGUGAUGGUGUUAUAACACAAAUCGUCAAAGGUGAUCCGCAAUGGCCACAAUCGUUUUAUCCACUUUCAACAGCAGUAGAAAUUCAAAAUGACGAUUACCUUGUUGGUCAAUGUGUUUAUGAUAAUGAUGACGAUCAAAUUGUUCGAGUCGGACCAACACAUAAAGAUGAAAUGUGCAAUGUAUAUGCAAUGUACUCAUAUGAACCAACGAAAACAGCGAAUGGAAAACAAAAAACUGGCGAAGUACCGAUUCGAUCAUGUUGGGACAAUGAAUUCAGUUCGUUGAUCAAUCUUAUUCCACAUGAUAGUGAAGUACCUCCACGUAAACCAUCUGAUAUUGGCGAAACGCGUAGUGGUCAUGACACCCAUGCUGAGCAUGUUAUGAAUCCAACAAUAGGAAAACAUACUUCAUCAACAUCGGAUGACGAUCAAUCGUAUGAUGAUUAUAUGGAUGAAGUUGAAAAUAUGCGUCAUCGUAAUCGAGGUUCAAGUCCGUAUGAUAUAAAUAAAGUUUUAUCUCAUCUCGGUUUACCCGAUUAUGAAUAUGUCGAUGCGCAAAACUAUGAUUAUCUUUUACCAACACAUUUAACUUACGGAAAAGAACAAACAGUUAAAUUACAUAAUGCAAAAAUUACCAGCCCAAAUCUUUAUACAUGUGUCGAAACAUGGCCUGACGUCAAAUCUUUACCUAGUCAACUUGGUGAGAUCGGAGGCAUAACAUUGAACAAAGCAAAUGAUGAACUUAUUGUAUUCCAUCGUGGUACAAGAAAAUGGGAGACUAAAUACUUCACCGGAAACUAUCGUUUUCGAAAUGAAGCCUAUGGUCCCAUUGAUGAUGAUGUUCUACUCCAUGUUGAUACACGUACAGGUCAAACAAAGGCUCGUUGGGGAGCGAAAAUGUUCUACAUGCCACAUGGUUUAACAAUCGAUCAUGCGGGAAAUAUCUGGGUAACCGAUAUUGCCAUGCACCAAGUCUUCAUGUUUAAACCUAACGAUUUGUUACAUCCUGCAUUGACAAUCGGAGAAAUGUUCCAACCUGGCUCGGGACCGACGCAACUCUGUCGUCCAGCAGAUGUUGCUGUAAUGAAAAAUGGCGAUUUUUUUGUUGCUGACGGGUACUGUAAUAGUCGAAUCAUCAAAUUCAAUCGAAAAGGAGAAUAUAUCACUGAAUGGGGUACACCAAUGAAUGGCAUGCGUGAUGAUGAUGGCUUUCCGCUUCCGAAUCAAUGGAAUAUUGUUCAUUCAAUAGCAUUAAAUGAGGAUGCUCAAUUAUUAUGUGGUGCCGAUCGAGAAAACUACCGUAUCCAAUGUUUCAAUUCGAAGACUGGUGAAUUUCAACGACAGAUACGUGUUGAAGGAAAAGAUAAUAUUGGUCCUAUCUACGCAAUUGAAUUCGCACCUAACACCAACGGUACAGUCUUAUUCGCUGUUACAGGUGGCGCGGAAACACCUGUGAAAAAAGUCUAUAUGAUUGAUGCACGAUCGGGUGAUAUCUUAACAUCAUUUGAUUCAGAUCCGCAUUUAAAAGCUCCGCAUGAUAUUGCUGUUUCAUCAAAUGGUCGUGAAGUUUAUGUAGGUGAACUAGCAUCAUCACCAGCCAAUGCUUUACAUAAAUUCGAGUUAUCUAAACGAAAAGAUCUCCCGACUCAAGCAUUCAGUAAACGAAUCUAUCUUAAUGAUAAAAACUUUCGCACUUCAUUGAUUAUCAUGGCCUUCUUUGCCAUUCCCGUUCUGCUUGCUGUUAUCUUCGGCUGUCUAAUUCGCAUACGCAAUCUCCGCAAACUUCGUCGUUUGAAUACGUUUCUAAGUGAUGUGAAAACGAACAGUACAGCUCCGACAUCUGUUCUCGGAGAUUGGAUGAAUCGACGCAAAGGCUUCGAAAAGUUAGAUCAAUGCUCCGAUGGUGAAAAUGAGCCAUUAGAAAAUGAUCUGAAUGAUGAUAUCAAUUCGAAUGAUGAAAGUAAAGCUCCACCAACAGUGAACAAUAAUAUUGCAUUUAAGAUGGGCGCAAGUCUUUAA